UUUUCGAUUUAUGGAUCAAAUAUUUAUCAAAAUGCAAACCAGUUGAUUGUCAAACUCGAUCCUCCUGCUGACCAACAUGUGCGUCUAUUAUUCCUGUACCAAUCGAAGUCCUUUUUGUCAGCUGUAAAUGGACAGAAUCCUUUUUAUAGGGUUUUAUUCUGAUCUGAUGCCGUCAACAGACUUGUUGCCAGUUAGCCACUGAUUGUUCCUUACAGUCUGAUCUGAUGCCGUCAACAGACUUGUUGCCAGUUAGCCACUGAUUGUUCCUUACAGUCUGAUCUGAUGCCGUCAACAGACUUGUUGCCAGUUAGCCACUGAUUGUUCCUUACAGUCUGAUCUGAUGCCGUCAACAGACUUGCUGCUAGUUAGCCACUGAUUGUUCCUUACAGUCUGAUCUGAUGCCGUCAACAGACUUGCUGCCAGUUAGCCACUGAUUGUUCCUUACAGUCUGAUCUGAUGCCGUCAACAGACUUGCUGCCAGUUAGCCACUGAUUGUUCAACAUGUUCAAACUUGAGUCGUACGUGACGCCACUCUUAAUGGGCUACGUGGAUAAAUAUGUUAAACUCAAGCCAGAAGAUCUGCAAGUCUCUCUGUGGGGCGGUGACAUCGUCCUUAACAAGUUGGAUCUCCGUUUGGAUGCCAUUGAAGAAGCCAUCAAGUUGCCGAUCAUGUUCAAAAGUGGGCAUAUCCAUGAGUUACGCAUUCAUGUCCCGUGGACGAGGUUGGCAUCUGAACCAGUAGUCAUAACGAUCAAUACCAUUGAGUGUGUUUUGAAACUUCGCGACACGGCACACAAGGAUCACAUGAAGGUGAACACAGUUGCAAAAACCCAAAAACCAAAGCUGAAGAAACCGAAUGCGGAGGAACUGCCUCCAGGGUAUCUGCAGAGCAUGAUCAACAGAAUUGUAAAUAAUCUAAAAGUCGUUGUAAAUAACUUGAUUUUGAAAUUUGUAGAAGACGAUAUUGUACUCUCGUUAAACAUCAAAUCUGCGGAAUGUUACAGCGCCAGUAAAACCUGGAACGAAUCAUUUAUUGAGCUCGCACCACCAGAAUUAGUCCUACGGAAAGUUGUUGAUUUCCAUGACUUGACGGUGUGUUUGGAUAAGAGAGACGGCAGUGGGAAGAUUGAGAACUACCAAGAACCAUCGCUGUACCGCUGUUCAAUGACGUGUCGUAUGCAUAUGGGCUACGACAGCCUCCAUGCAAAGUUACCGAGUGUGACCAAGAUGAACUUGUUCUGUGAAAAGCUUGAUGUGUCAUUGACUGACACACAGCUGCCAAUGUUUUGGAGACUAGUGGAGCUGUUUCUUGCGAUUUAUUACGGGACAUUAGAGCUGCCCGAUCCAGACCCGGAGGAUGCUGACACGAAUGAGGAGAAUGGAGACAGUGCUAUUGAGUCUCAAACAGAAGCACCAGCUCCAAGUGUGCCUCAUACAUCCCAUGAAGGUGACCAGGCAAGCUGGGCUGGCUGGGCGUGGUCGUUUGUCCCACAUGUCCUACCAACUGAAGAGGGUAGCGACGAGGAAGAAUCGACCCCUAGGAAGAAGACGCCACCUAUACUUGCUGUUGGAAUCUAUUGUUCUCAUGCGUCCUUGGUCAUCAAGCAAACUGAGCAUGUGCAGGAGAGCCGUUUCUUCGGACCUCAGAAGAUUGUCUUCAAGCCGUUCAUGUGUUUUGAGGUGCAUGGUAUAGGUGUAGACGUGUUGUUGGAGGGCCUGGAGUUCCUCAAUGGACAGUUUGGCAUCAUUUCCGGCCGCGUCUAUAGUGUGGGUGACUGUGUGUGUGGAGCGAGGGAGGACAACUGUCCACCAAAGAGCGCUGUUUUCUUCCAAAGUGGUCCCCAGGAUGUGGCGUUGAAGGACAUUAACUUCAUGUCAGAUUCACUCUUUGAUGACGAGAGUGCGGAAAAUCUUGGGGAAAAAGCCGAGUUUAUUUUUGACGCUGAGGUCCAUAGACAAGUCUACACCGAAGCAUGGGCAUCGAAGAAGUACGGAGCUUUCUAUGUGGAUUAUAUGUACAUAAUGGAGGAGAAAGGGGAACAGCAUAUGAGUGGCAGCACUUCAAGUUUGUUUGAAGGUGACGAGAGCGUGCAAGAGAACUCGUCAAUGUCGUUCCUGAUUGGUGGCAGCCAUCUUGCAUUGUCAAGCGCCAUGUUACAUCGUGUUGAGAAGUUCGUCUACGCAUCCUUGGACCAUGAGUAUGAACCUUAUACGAAAGUACACGAAGAAAUAGUGGAUGAUAACCGGCGUCCACCAACAGAGGAGCAAGUGGACGCGAUGGAGCGUUAUGUCAACACGCGGACCAUGCACCUGACCUUGGUCAACCCAACAGUCUCUCUCCUCGCCGCAGACCAUCCCUACUGUGAUAUCAAACAUCGGAAAAACAUCGUCAUGAAGAAAUCAAGGCGGGGUUCGAAAGUGAGCGGGGAAAAGAUGCGUUACAUGCAGCCAUUACCUGCAGUACUUCUACAAGCCACCCGGUUUGAAAUGCAGCUGGUCAGACCAAUGUACCCUCGGCGUCUCGUCAAGUUCAUCAGCAAGUUAAAGGAGCCCUCGAGUAACUUGUUACAUCACUGCCAUACUCAUCUGUAUAUCAAGAUAUUUGGUGUACAGGCUGGUCUCUAUCGGAUGGAGCAGUCCCAACCAAGUGUCGUCAGCCUUGUACCACAGACCAGUGGUGCUUACUACAAGAAAACACUGGUGCUGCCGAUGUAUUGGAGCGACCCGGACCAACCCCACAGGGAAUGCCUCUACGAACUGCCAAACUUCAAGGUUCAAUCGACCAACGCCCAGCUCCUUCUUCUCUUCUACAUUGUGAGAAGCUGGAACCAAAAUAUUCCAAACCCUGAAAGGAUCGUGGACCUCUCCCUCCUCGAGGAUGUCUUCAGGCCCUCAAUGGCACCUGGAAACCUUCCGCUACUUGUUGCGUCCAUGUCUGGUUUAGACUUGAGGCAGUCAUACAAAAAGUAUGGCGGCCAGAUUGAUGGCACCCUGUCAUCCUUUAGUGUGGCUAUCCAUAAACAGGUUGAGAAAAAAGAGAUGGUGGUUUCGCUCCUUCAAGGACCAGCGGAAACAAAAGGCAGUCAGUCCCCAGAAUUCUUCACAGCAAUGGCAGCAGACGCCUCAUCCAAACAUAAACAAACCUGUGUUGAUGUGAUCACCGUGUCAACACAUCUGCCCAAGGAACUGCAGAAUGAGGAAGUGCCUUCUAUAAUAGUGCUCGAUGUUCAAGGGAUUGUAGCCAACCUCGACCCAUUCUUGUACGAGUGGUUGAUCUACCACCCCCAGCACCUCGCCACCCCUCGACCCCUCGUCACUGAGCCUGUGGCUCUCCCUGAAGAUGCCGCCCUUGAGAAAAAUGGAUCAAAAGACUCGCAACCGACUGGCAGCAAUGCCACCAUCCCAACAGACAGCCAGAGUCGCACCCAGUCGCGUUCCAUCCAGCCCAAGUCAAGGUCCUCAAACAAGAAGACGCCACCUAUUGAGGAGGUUGUUGUUAGUCUCGGUGAACAACUCGCUGCUAUGAUGGCACUGAUACGCAAACUGAACCUGCAGGUUGAGUUCCACCAUUGCUGUUGCCUCUUCCCUGUCACAUCUCUCCCCCUCGCCGGCCCGACUAUGACCAACAUCACCACGCUGCGCUCACUCCUCACCAACCACAGCCAUAUUGAAAUGCUAGUCGUCUGUUUGCCUCGCAUCAUGCUUCACAGCGCUGGCCAUAAAUUCAUCAACCCAGGACAAGAACUGCCACUGUCCAACCCAGAAAUGCUGUCAACAGGUGAUAAGCUUCCAUGGACCCUCAAAAUGGACGAGAUGAGCCUCUACUCAUUCCACCCUGACAGCCAAGCGCUGACGUUGUUGAAGCCGCUAUCUCUGACGUGUACACUCGGAAUAACCAGGAAGUAUUCAGGGAAAGACCACAAGGAGUUGAAGUCACUUGGGUUCUGUGUCCACGUCGAUAUGGAGAGCAUGUUACUGGCAUUCAGUAAUCAGCAGGUCAACCUCAUCUAUAAACUCCUUCAAAAGGCAGCAAAAACUUCCAAAAUGGUGAUGAACAAUGUGCAGCAGUUUAGCAGGAAAAUAUUCCCAAAAGUGCUAAAGAAAUCAAUAGGCAAAAAGGAGGCUGUACCAGAGGAGAAGAGUCCAUCGAAACCAACCGAGCCUCCCACUGAGUCUAGUCAACUGCUGGAGUCGAGUGACCCUCAGGACACUGCCACUGAAGACCAGUCUGUAAAAAGCAUCCGUCCUAUCGGCGAGAUCCUGACAGACGUCCCAACCAGUUCUGCUGUCCAGCUCUCUCUCUGGAUUCAAUGGACGCUACCCAAGUUCCUGCUCCGGCUGUUCAGGACUUGCCCGAGUGGAAAUGAGUUCUGCAUUUCUACAGAUUUGGAGGACCUGACGACCUCUAUUGACGUUCAGGAGAUCUACUGCAAGGUCAAGUCCAAGGUCGGAGCGUUGAACAUCAGUCACUAUGAGAAAAAAAGUGAUUCAUGGGUCCCUGGCCGACACGCUGGAGUCAUCGUAUCAACAUCGGGAAAACUCUCCAAAAACAUUACCAUCUUGAACAACAAAUCGUGGACGUCACUGAAUCAACCAAUCAUCAACCUUUACAAUAUCCAAGACUUUAAACCUCGCGACAGCAGCCAUGGCUUCCUCAACCUGACCUUCACAAGGGCACUGAGGAAAAAUGUCCAGAAGAAGAUGAACACUUUAAAGAUGACUAACAGUGAUGAUGACAUCUUGUCUGAUUUAGGUGAUGAAUCGGAGAUUCUUGUCAACACGUAUGUGGAUGAGAUCUGUCUGAACACGCAGCCAUUUGAUGCUGUCGCACAUGUUCCGAUCGCAUUACAUCUUGUGGAGAUCUUUGCAGUGCAUGAUGGGAUUGAGAAGGUGUUAACGGAUAAACCGGUAGCGCCACCUAUGAAGGUUGUGGAGAAACUGCCCUGGUUUCAGUCCGAUACGCUGCCCCUGUUCUAUCUCAACAUGGCCAAUAUUCGAAUCUUUGUACCGUUGGAUGAAAAAUGUGACCCAGGCCUGGCAACUGGCAUACCCAAAGGUGAAGGAAGUAAGGAAUCAGGACUGGCGUCCGAAAUGUCCAAGGAUGAAAUCCAAGAAGUGAUGGAGAGAAAAUCUCCCGAUAGUACGCUUCAUCAUGACAUGUACGUGUUCCAGGUUCUCUCUGUUUGCUUGACUCCACAACCGGAAAACCCACUACCUCGUUCCCCUGUAAACGACGACCUGUACAGAAAACUGCUUCAAGCUGGAUUGUCGCAGAAUCCUGGCUCAGAGGUUGAAGACCGACAAUACCAGUUAGAUCUCUGCGGUCUAGGGCUGUGUACUGGCACCUGGGCCGAGGUUGAUACCGGUUCCGCCCAGUGUCAAAACCUGGAAGAUGAGGAGGUGAUCGGUGUCCAGAAUCCGGCGUUGGAGUGGAACAAUCUGAUCACCAAGACGUCAGAGGAAGAUGUCCAUCUUGUUCCCAUAGCAACCAGUGUUGACCUGAGGAUAGUCGCAGCUCCAGCCCUUGUCUACAAGACCAAGAACCAGGACACCUUGCCAGCACUCGUCAGUGGAUACUCCCUGGAGGUGAACGCCAUCAGUGACAUAGACUUCACCCUCUCGACAAGUCAGGUGAAGCUACUCAUUCAAAUCGCCCAAUCAAACAUCGGCUUGUUCAGCAACAAGGCAACGUCAACUAACCAACCGGAAAGCUUGUUUCAAAGGGACCAAUCAGAAAGCUCGUAUAUUGAGGUUUCAGAACGUUCUCCGCGUUCAUCUGAGGUUAAUCCAAACGACAGCGGUGUGGGGAGUGAAGCAUCCACUUUGAAGACUCACGCAGCAAAACCAAGUUUGGCAAGAAAUGUAUCUGCUACGGCGAUUGAGAAGAAAUUAGUAGUACGGCAGACGUCUUUAUUUGACCAGGAAUUGAAUGGAAAGAAAUUGGAGGCGAGUCCGUCUGUAAGUGAUCAGGAUGUGACACUUCUUCCCCACAUUAUGGACAUAACGAAGGAAACACUGACGAUUCAUCCAAGGCGGCAGCCCAGACAUCCACGCAGCAUUCAAAAGGUGCCCUCUCGUGAGCAAAACUCAAAUGAGCUGUCUUUUACACCGUUUGAUGUCCUUCUGACUGCGGGAAAGAUUACCCUGAUAGCGUAUCGCCACUCAGUGGUGAACAAAGCUGAUUUAGAUAAGACCAACCAGAGUGUUCAUGUGGAACCAGAACAGCGCAAAUCGAAAGGUGACCUCGAAUGGCGGGAGGAGAAACCACUUGGAGAUUUGACGAUGUCAGAUGAGUUCAGCGGUGCUAGCUUCGUCGGGUCGGAUAUAUCAGGCAUGACGUUACUCCCGUCUGUCCCAACCUUGAUGGAGGCCCACCUCCCAAACAUGCGGUAUGCGGGGAACCAGUCUGAGAGCGAACACAGCUGCGACGACAGUGAUUAUGUUUACCAGACAAUCCCGUUCUUAUUCGCAAACUUCUCGCAGCCUCACAGUCUGGUGAAUAUUAAGCCAAACGCCCAAAAGGUGGAGCUGUCUUGUUAUGAUUUCACAUUGAAAGGUCCAAAGGCGAACCACGUGAUGACAGAUGACUUGAAGGUUCUCCCUGACUUCACAGACUUUCCUCUUCCUUGGUUAGAAACACGUGCUGGUGAUGCCAACCCGAAAACAGGCAUCCCGCCAAGUCUCUACACUCUCAGGAUCACCGACUUCCUACAGACGCCUGCUGAUAUCUCAUUGAGUUUAGAGCGCCCACUCAAGUUCAGUGUCAGUAUCAGUAAACUGGAGCAGGCAAAUGAGUUUAUGGGACAACUUUGGCCAUUUGGGUUGGGAGAGGACACAUCACGAGAGACACUGAAGGACACUAAACCUCCUUCUGGUACAAGUCGGAGAAAACUCAUGAAAAUCACACGAAAACAUCUUGGCCAGAUCAACAAUCUCCAGGUGAAGACAGUCCAAGUGGUGGUUGUCAUGGAAACAGUGUCACAUGAUGCUAAUGCCCAGGUUACUGUAGCAACCAGUGGUAUCCAUGGUGAUGUUGAUAUCACCAAUGACUUGGGUCAAGCCUCGACCAUCAUCGGGCGUCUUCUCAUUAACGACCUCCAGUGUCUGACCUCGUACCACAAGAAGACACGCCCGUUCAUCGGGCCGCUCACAGUCAGCUCGACAGCCAGUGCCACCUGGUGUGAACACAGUGGACCAAGCUGGGUCCCCAGGAUCAUCGGCUGCGUGGAUGUUGGCGCGUUUGACAUUGUGUUCGGCCAGGAGCACUUCAUGACCUUUGACCUCCUGAGACAACACAUCGAGGCAUACCUACAGAAGUCAAAGUCAUCAUGUCAACAUUCACAAAAACCAGCACGUUCUCGUCCCAAGAAGCCACCUGUGAGUUCUCCGAGCUUCAAGGUUUCUAAACACAGUGUUGACGACCUGAGGCGGGGUGCGUUUCAAUACAUCAUGGAAGAGGUUGAGUCGACGAUUCAGCCGAACCCCAAUGAAGUGAUCUUCUGUAGUGACGAUGAUGGUCAGUGUACAAUGACGUGGUGCUAUCCCGAGGCGCGCAUGCUGACCAUGUUCCAUGUCACACCUGUACCAUUCAACAUUGAUGUUGAUGACGAUGCCAGCUUCAUUGGUGAUGAGUCACUGAAGGUUGGUUGCAUGUUACAAUACUGGGAUGCUGCACAGCGUGACUUCAUUGACUGGAUCGAGUUCUAUCUCUCUGAACAAGAACCCAGCGAGGUCUCCCUACCCGACAUAGACGCGCCAUCCAAGGUCCGAGUUGCCCAGAUAUGGCGGGUUUCUAUGGACGCGCAUCAGGAGAAAUCCGACGACUUGUCAUGUGAUCUUGAAGAUGAGGAACGGACACCAGAACCGUUAGUUUUGCCAGCGACUUUGGCGGCGUCAUUGAGAGUGGACUCGGCUGUUGUGACUGAUCUUAUUCCUGGCGUUCAGUGGAGUUUGUCCAUGGAUCUCAUCCGGUUGAGGCUGGAGCAUCAUCUGCACCACUUUGGAAAAGGUACCCCAAGAAAAAUCCGACCAUUCUUCUUAAGCGACAACCACCCAAAAGAUCAGGAAUACGCACGAGUAAUGCUCGACGAUGUUCACAUCUCUUUCUCACACUGCCACAACCAAAUGACAAAUAUGCUCGGUGUCCUGACCGCUGAGUGCAGCCUUCUCGAGUACCGACACCUCACCAUGAGACCAGUUUUCGAAUCCUGUUCGGCAAAAUGGGAAAUGUUGAUAAAGCACGCAGAGAUACAAAACCAGGGUAUUGACAUUGGUUGUAAUGUCAAUCCCAUUUUCCUCUACGUUGGCCAGGGGGCGCUGCAUACCUUAAACAGCUCUUUACAAGUCUGGAAUCAGCUCGGGAAGAAAGACUCGGAUGCAGUGCUCAUGUCAUAUUAUCUGUUAUGCAAUGAUACACAGGAGUCGAUCAAAUUUGGCCAGGUUGGCACUGAUGAAUGCAUCAGCAUGCAGUGUCGGCAAGCACAGCAGUACAGCUGGAGGUCACAGAAAACUAAACCGGUGAUUCGUCUAUCUCUUGAUGGCCAUGGUUGGCUGUGGAGCGAGCCUAUCAGAAUAGACGAAGUCGGUGUAAAUGUGCGGUGCGUGGAGUGUCGAGGGAAGAGGGCUACGUUGACGAUUAAGGUCACACAGUUGACCAGCACUGUUAAACAGGUGUCGAUCCAAGGCCAGCUACUCAUAUCCAACCGACUCAACCAACACCUGGAGAUCAAGAUCAUAGCCCACACCCCGGAAAACCAUCGCAUGAAUAUCCUAGGUGCACGGCAGACGCUUGCCUCGUAUGUGACAGAGGAUAGCGACAUGAAGGCCGUAAGGGUCAAGGUCAUGGGCUCCAAGACGCCAUGGACGCACGAGAUUCCCGUCGUUGGUGAGAAGAUGAAGGAGAGUCGACUAGUCAAGAUUGCCACAUCAGAUAAAGGGACGGAUCUGUACGCCUGGUGCCAUAUCUUCUGUCAGCAUCUAAUAGGGGACGCCACAAGACUGGUUGUGUUCUCGCCGGUGUACGUGAUGAGAUCUCAUCUGCCGCACCCUGUGAUCGUCAACAUCGCCACACCCGAGACUAAGACAACCACUCAGCUACAAGUGUCAGGCAAGUGUCAAGAGGAACAGUUAACGACGUUACAAGCAGAUGUCAAACAUGACAUCACAUUCCAAAUAAGACCUGAUUCCAGCCCCUCACACCCCCCAGUGUCGCUGUCUUUGAGCCUCCUUGAGCAAGUGAAGAGUGCCACCACUGACAGACCAGAGAUAGAUGCCCUCGCCUACUGCUGGGACAGUGAACCAAACGAAACAUGGUUCGGGUACGAGGAACCAAGCAAAUCUCCAAGAGAGGAUAUGACCUCCGUGACCUCUGACCGUUCCUCCCUUGACCGUGACCUUGAUCAAGCUGACCUUGACCUGCAAGUCAAGUUCCAUCAACAGUGGCCAGGAUGCAAUACAAUCGCUAUGGAGCUCGUGCCAUGGUGCUUGAUUAAGAAUCGCUCGGCGCUUCACCUGAUCAUCCUCGAGGAUGAUGAGAGAGAGUGGGCGCUGAAGAAAGAUAUCACGUGGGCGCCGCCAAAGUUUCUGGGUACCAUCAAAGUCGGCAUCAGCGAUGGUUCCAAGACAUGGUUCUCCAGUCCUAUCAGUUUCUCUGACAAGGAUACGCAAUCAUCACAAUAUCUACCACAUAUAGAGGGCGUUCUCUACAGAGAUGCACACACAUAUGCGACUGUUGUUGUUGAUGGAGAGAGUGAUUGUCACCGGGUGUGUUAUCUUGUCCUGAAGUCGACUGUCCAGGACAGUAUCCAGUGUGUGACCAUCUCUGAGAAGUUCAUGAUGACAAAUCUCACCAAGAUUCCCCUGGAUGUGACGGCCAUUGCGGUCCCCCUGAAUAAGAAGACCCAAAUAUCGAGCAUCGAAACCAAUCCAUUCCUCGUCCAAAAUCACAAAGAAAAGAUCCUGCAGCCUUUGACCUAUUUCUCAAUGGCGCAGAUUGCUGACGACGGUGAAAUGUUGGAAGACAUGGCCAAGUAUAUCCGACUAAAACACACCGAUAACAUCAGUGACCACCAAGUCCUGGAAAGUUUCUCGGACUUCGGAAUCCAUGAAUCUGAUCUACUUUGGAGCACUCCAGUGAGGUUGAAACCAACCGCAUCGGGAGUAAGGCUCACGUUGUCUGUGCCAUUUAUAAAUGCUGAUUGCUACACGACCAAGUCUUAUGUCCUCGUUCUUCAAGAGUGUGACGGUAUUGUCUAUAUGGUGCUGGACACCGAUGAUAGCCCUGCACUGAUGAUCCAUAACUUCACAGACACACCUCUCCACUACGGACAAACUCAAGUCAACCUCUCUAUACGAGGUGUCUCCAUCUUUGAAGAUUCCGAGCCGCUUGAAUCACUGCCACUCCUGCCACCAGGUGGCUCUAUCUACUACACGUUUCCAUGGCAAUCUGAGCAGUAUCCUCAACUGGACAAACCAUCGUACACGCCAAAGCUCCACCUGUCGGGGGUAACCGUCAAUGAUGGUGGAACGGCAGCCUGGAGUGUUGGGAUUGACUUGACCUCGACUCAUGAUAAUAUCAUCAAUGUACCUAACACGUUGGAUGUGAAAGUCCACGUCGAUGAGCAAUGUUUCACCAAGCAUGUGUUCUUGGAGGAAGUCGGCCGCGCUGAAGUCUCUGCCAAGGAAAUAAGGAAUCGCAUCAUUGGACACGAGAUGGUCGUCGUCAUGGAUACCAGCGGUGAGAAAAAAGAACCAAGCGAUGAGACAACACUUGAGAGUGACGUCGAUAAUGUUCUCUUUAAGCCGCUUGCUGAUGGUAUCCCCGGGAUUAACCAAGAUGUCGUCAUAAGUAGUACAACACCUGACCAAAUGGUGGCACACACACCAGUCAAGUUCAAGCACUAUAAACAUUGCCGGGCCAAGUCCGGGAGGUUCGUGGCUCAUGCUCUGUUUAAACAUGUCUGUGUAAUUAUGCUGGAUGACACCGCCACGGACAGGACAUUGGAAGUCCUGCGGGUUGUUUUGGAUAACUUGUUCAUCCUCGGACAACCAGGGGCUGCUUCAGGUGCUAAACCUAGUCCCCAUGAUAUGUCUGUGAUCUGUUGUGUGAGUAGGGCCCAGGUUGACAAUCAGAUGUACCAGAGUAGACUUUACGAUUUUCCGGUCAUUCUCCAGCAACAGGAGGAGCAAAAGGCUGACGAGCUCCAGUUGGACUUCGAGGAAGUUCUCGACUUUUUGGACGAGAUUGAAAAGCGUAGCUUCAUUUGGAUGAAGUUCCAAAUAGAUCACGGUGCCGUUGGACUUGGGUCCCAGAUCGUGACUGCUGAGCUGGCUGUGAAACCUAUCUCACUAUUCAUCGAGGAUAAUUACAUCUACAACAUGCUGAAGCGGAUUGAUGCAUUCAUUCCAACUCGUUUAAGCACAAGGAACUUUGGGAAGGGAAAAAACGUUUUACCGAAGUCAGUUGAGUUUGCGACGCAGUGUUUGUUGCGGCCAAUCAGAUUGGAGCAGCUCCUCAUUCAUCCAAUCAUCAUGUGUUUGAGUGUUCACGCCUCAUUAAAGCUGUUCCUGGCAUCGGAGAACACCCCCCUGAAGUUUGGCAAGUUUGAGAAGCAGGCGCUGUUUACAAGCAGCCAACGUCUGAUUCGAGCGUUGGCAAUGCAUUACGCUUCAGCAGCACUCUUCAGAGCAGGUCUGGUUGUUGGUUCGUUAGAGAUCCUUGGCAACCCUACCGGUCUCGUGCGCAACAUUGGCUCAGGUGUGGCAGAUCUCUUCCGAAUGCCACUAGAGGGCAUCACUAAAGGGCCGGGGUCGUUCCUGAGUGGCAUCACCCAUGGGUUCUCCUCACUGCUCUGGCAUACAUCAACAGGUGCGCUGACGUCUGUCACGAAUUUUGCAUCCAGUGUCUCACGGAAUAUGGAUCGUCUCUCGAUGGAUAAUGACCAUUUCCGACGCCAGGAGGAGACACGCAGACAGCGGCCGGAUAGGCUGGCCACCGGCAUCAAACAGGGCCUGACUGGUUUUGGCAUCAGUCUUUUGGGUGCCGUUGCUGGCCUGGCCGACCAACCUCUUCAAAGCAUCCAGCAGACGUCAAGCCCAGACCGGGCCUCAUCGUCUACCCAGAAGGCAGCAGGCUUCAUCUCGGGUGUCGGGAAGGGCCUGAUCGGUGUCGUGACGAAACCUGUAGGUGGCGCUGCCGAGUUUGUGUCUCAGACGGGCCAGGGUCUCCUGCACGGAGUUGGGAUGGCCAAACUCAGCAAGACCAUUUAUCCUUCCAUUAGUAUGCCCACUGAUACAGCAGUCAAUUCUACGGUCAAAUUCUUAUGGAAAAUUCUUCAAAACAUUCCCAGCACAGACAUCUUGUGUAUAUUGGAAGCAACAACAAUGUCGAGUGUCGGUCCUGUGUCCGAGGUCUACCUGGUCCUCACCCCAGAAACGGUCUUCAUGGUCAACGUUGCUGAAGACAUGGCAAUCCAAGCAUUUGCAGUUCCUGAAAUGGAGUGUAGGCGGCGCUCCUCGGCACCAGAUACGCUGCUGGUGCAUCUGUUGAACAAGAAGGACGACCAGCAAACUGAGAAAAAUGAGAGUGCCAAAGAAAGAGUUGCGGAGUUCAUCAGCGGUGAGGCGGAUUCCGACACUCAGGUUAGUGACAUCCUGUCAGAUUCAUCGACAGACAUGAUGCAUUUAUCUGUAGCGAGGCACGAGUUCCGAACGGAUCCUAACGUCUUGGAGAUCUUCCUUGCACAUCUUCACCUGACCAAGAGACAGCUACAGUUGAAGGGAUUCCCGCUGUGACACUCAAUCUGUUCACGCCCAUAUAAGGAAUUGAAGUGACGAGAAUGGACUAUUUGAGAGACUUCAGUCAAUGCAAUGGGUUUAUUGAGCCCUUGAAAUGAAGUCAUGUGGCAUUUUCUAGUCAGCUGUUCCAUUAUUUUAGUGCAAUAUGGUGUAUCUUUGAUAGUUUAUCAUGUUUGUGAAACCUUUGAUGAUAGAAAUAAAAGUAGCUGCUAUUCCUAAACCACACUCAGUUGAUCUUAGUGCACCAAGCUUAAUCAAGCAGCAUCGAUUUUCAUAUGAAUCCAGGUUCAUCUCCCCUUAUGCUUGGUGCACCAAAGGGAUGUAUGGGGUGAUAAAUUGCCCAUAAAAGACUGUUAUUUUUGCUAUGUGGGAGAUUUAGUACAAGACUUUCAGGUUUCACUUCUACAAAGCUUUUGAGAGAAUGUAAUAUAUGAUUAGUGAUGUGGAGAGUCUGUAUUUAUGAUGUGAUCAAGAUGAAUGUGAAAAGAUAUCAGCACCGGCAAAUGUGUGGCACAUGGAUCCCAUGUUGUGUGGCUGCACAGCAGACAUUUGGCACAUGGAUCCCAUGUUGUAUGGCUGCACAACAGACAUUUGGCUCAUGGAUAUGUUGUAUGGCUGCACAACAGACAUUUGGCACAUGGAUCCCAUGUUGUAUGGCUGCACAACAGACAUUUGGCACAUGGAUCCCAUGUUGUAUGGCUGCACAACAGACAUUUGGCACAUGGAUCCCAUGUUGUAUGGCGCAUGGAUCCCAUGUUAUAUGGCUGCACAACAGACAUUUGAUAAAUCCACUGUUUACAAAUAUCGUCAAAAUGAAUUCACUCCCAGGCAUUUGUCUGUGUGACAUGUUUAUUUUUGUUGUACAACUGCUUGUGAGGUGCCUGGAUGACUUUCUGAAGUGAAAUUUCGUAAAUAAAAUAGGU